AUGGCUAACACUUUUGUGAAAUCUGCCAACACAAAAGUUUUAAAAGAAUUGGACUUUUCUGAUCGUCGAGAUUAUGAAGACUCAAUGAGGGGCUUUAUUUGCAGUGUUGAUGGAGGAGUUAUUCCAAGUAACAAAGGUGGUAAGUCUUUUGAUGUUCAUCACAGUGACUUUCUGUUAGGUCCUUGUCCUGAAACAGUCAAUCCUUCCUUAUGGCGCCAAAGUCAGUUAAUCAGAAUAGACGGUCUCUUUGAAUUGAUUCCAAACAAAGUGUAUCAAUUUAGAGGAUAUGAUGUUGCCAACAUGUCAUUUAUAAGAGGUGAAAAGGGGUGGCUUAUAAUUGACACUUUAUGUUGCAUGGAGUCGGCUGCUGCUGGUCUCAAAUUGUUACGAGAAAAGGUAGCCGAUCUUCCAGUGACCUGUGUGAUGUUGACUCAUUCUCAUGGAGAUCAUAUCAAAGGACUUGAUGGGGUACUUGAGAAAGACACUAAAAUAGUAAUACCCAAAGAUAUGUUUAAAAUGCAUUUUGCAGAGGAACUGCUUGCUGGAAUAGCAAUGGGAAGACGAAGCUUUUUCCAAUUUGGAGUGACCCUUGAACACAAUGAAAAGGGGUGUUUAGGUGGUGGAGUUGGGACGUAUUACUCUCUUGGUCAAAUCACUGAAUCUUACAACUUUGAUCCAAAUAAUUUGUAUGAAAUUGGAGAAGAUAAAACACUAACUAUUGAUGGUGUAGAAAUUGAUUUCACGUAUACUCCCAACGCAGAAGCACCAACAGAGAUGAUGUACUUUCCACAAUUAAAAGCAGUUUGUACUGCCGAGGAAAUUAACAGGACUUUACACAACUUAUACACCCUUCGAUGUGCUGUUGUUCGUAAUGGUAAAGAUUGGUCGAAAUACAUCGACAAUUUGUUGGACAGAUACUCUGAAAAUGUUGAGUGUUUAUUUGGUUCGCACACGUGGCCGACUUGGGGAAAUAAAAACAUAGUAGAGUAUUACGAAAAGCAGAGAGACAUGUACAAGUUUAUACACGACCAGACUUUGAGACAAGCAAAUUUGGGAACAACAAUCAAUGAGUUGCCAGAAAAGGUAAAGUUACCAAAGACUUUAACCUCAGAGUUUUAUAAUAGAGAAUACUAUAAUAAUCACCUUGGGAUGAGUUUUAUCAAUUGGCCUUUUAAUUAUUUAGUAAUCGCUUGCUUCUGUAAGAAAUGUGUGUCAUUCGUUUUUUUUGUUAAUAAAAAAAAAUAA